ACAUGAAGUUUAUGAAACUGGCAAAGGCGUUGCUGGGCGAGAAGCUGUUCUCGAGGCUCAUGAAGGCGACGUUUUACGGUCACUUCGUCGCCGGCGAAGACGAAGUGCAGAUUACACCUGUCUUAGAUAGGCUGCGACAAUUCGGCGUUAAACCGAUCCUCGAUUAUUCCGUCGAGGAGGACAUUUCCCAGGAGGAGGCCGAGCGGCGCGAGCUUCAGGCCUCGGUGUCGGAAGCGGGCGACGAGAAGAGGGAGGGCCCGUUGAAGAAGUAUCACGUGGAGAAGUCGUUCGCCGAUCGGCGAUACAAGGUGUCGUCGGCCAGAACGUAUUUCUACCUGAACGAAGCGUCCUGCGAGCGAAACAUGGACAUAUUUAUCAGGUGUCUGGAGGCUGUGGCGAGUGCUUCAAUGGGAAUGGGUAUCACAGCUGUUAAAUUAACAGCACUUGGUCGGCCGCAGCUUCUGUUGCAAUUGUCAGAGGUAAUUAUGCGCGCACGACAAUACACAUCGGAUGUUAUCGGUGGUGAGGGUGCCGUUCUGGCUCAUCACGCGAAGCCUGAUGAUUUUAGAAAAAAGUUCGAGGAAGCACACAUCAAAGAUGAGGAAUCGGUGCAAAAGUUCCUUCAAAAAAUUCAAUCAGAUAAGGAAGGUGUGAUUCACCUCUUUCCGUGGAGCGGUAUUCUAGAUGAGAAUUACGAACUGAGCGAAACGUUCCAAGUACCUGAUAUUAAGACGGGCAAAAUGGUUAGAUUAAUGUCGCAACUGACACCCAAGGAAGAGGAAAUGUUCAGGAAUAUGAUCAGACGUCUAAAUAAUAUUGUCACGGUGGCUGAUAGUCUGGACGUCCGUAUUAUGAUAGACGCGGAACAAACAUACUUCCAACCGGCCAUUUCUCGCCUGACGCUGGAGAUGAUGCGCAAGUACAAUACGAAAAAGGCUGUGGUAUUCAACACUUACCAGACGUAUCUACAAGACGCGUUUAACGAAGUGAAAACGGACCUCGAACAGGCGGAACGCCAAAACUUUUAUUUCGGCGCUAAACUCGUUCGUGGCGCAUACAUUGAGCAGGAGAGGGCGAGGGCGGCAGCUAUGGGUUAUCCAGACCCUACGAAUCCAACGUACGAAGCGACAACCGAAUCUUAUCAUAAGACGCUCAUGGAAUGCCUGAGGCGAAUGAAACAAUACAAGGACAAAGGUGAAGAUCCUAAAAAAAUAGGAAUUAUGGUUGCCUCGCACAAUGAGGACACUGUGCGUUUUGCGAUUGAAAAAAUGAAGGAAAUCGGAAUUUCACCUGAGGACAAAGUUAUAUGUUUCGGCCAGUUGUUAGGAAUGUGCGACUACAUAACAUUUCCAUUAGGUCAAUCUGGUUACUCUGCGUAUAAGUACAUCCCGUAUGGUCCGGUUAAAGAAGUAUUGCCGUAUUUGUCACGGCGUGCCCAAGAAAACCGGGGCAUAUUGAAAAAGAUCAAGAAAGAGAAACGCCUGCUAUUGAAUGAAAUCACGAGACGUAUAGUGCGCGGCAAGAUCUUUUAUAAACCCAAGGGCAAUUACACUCCGGUUUGAACAGUCGAUCCGUUUAGUUGCACACAGACAGAAUUUUAAGUAUCAAAUUUUUAAGUAGUGAUUGUAAAUUAUCCGAGAACUUUCAUGAAAGAACUUGAUGCGAGUACUUCGGAUUGAAAUAACUAAUUAAAGGUAACUUGACGGACCUGUUACUGUAGUACUUGGAAGAGAGAAAAAGCGGCGCGCGCAUCCGCACGCGAGUGUGUGCGUGAGACUUAAGGGUAUACGCAGUGUUAUCUAUUACAUAAAAAUCGCCUUAGUAUGUUGUAUUGUCGAAUGUACCGAUGCUCAAAGCUGCUAAUAGAAUUACAACAUAUUCGUUGCUCGUUUCGUUCGUCGUUGUUAAAAGGGGAUGCCAAUAAUUGUGCUGUAAUUUAAUUUUACUCGUGCAUAUGUUUUUCAUGAAGAUCAUUCAUGAACAAAGAGAACUAAAAUCAAUCUCUUUCCAUCUAACGUUACCAAAAUUUAACGAUGGUUUCUUUAACGACAGUUCGUAUAUUAUUAAUUGUGCACGGUAUUAAAAAAAUCGACCGAUAGUCUUUUCACUAUGAAACGCAACGACGAUGACGAUUGGCAGAAAUCGUACGUUUUUUUUAGCACUCGUUUGCAUGCUUUUCAAAUUUUACAAUUUUUUGAGAAUCUCGUCGAAUAUUUUUCAUAUAUAUGUAAUACACGCGCGCGUAUCGAUUAUUUAUAAUUCGUGUUCACCUAAACGUCCAUAGUAUCGGUAACAUUUAAAAAAAGAAAGAAAGGAAAGAAAAAACGAAAGACAUCGCACAUAAAUAUCUAGGUGUAACUGUAUAAUUUGCUAUUAUCUCAACAAUCGUGGCUUGCAGUGAACGUAGAACACGAAUUGUUUAAAAUAUUCGCAAUAUAUAUAGUUACCAAGAAGGAACGAAUAGCAAUUGCAUCGUGCGUUUUAUUAAACGUAUAACACGUCAGCCGUUAGCGUUUUAAUACACGAUGUAUAAAAGCGAUCACAUCCGGGUAAAAACAGAAAUGAAUAACGUGCAUAUUACAAAAAAAAA